AUGCAGCUGCCACCAUUUGCCUGGACGCUCAUGUGGGGUGGAACUUGGUCCAAUAUCUUUGGAGAGUACGUUCCAGAUGAGCUACACGCAUGGGGGUGGGUAAUGUGGGAUGCAGCUCGGCUCGAGAACACACGGUCCGAGGAAUAUCUUGUGAACGCUUUGGUAGACUUCGGUGAUCCAAAGGAGAUGCAUGAGGCCCUAGUCGGCUAA